ACAGUUGUGUAGUGUUGUUUUGGUACUAGAUUUUAUUAAUAGUUGUUGCAAUCUUUUUAGCUUGGAUGAUUCAUCAGAAGAGAAACUUGAGUCUUUGUUUAGCACGUUUGUCAAAGCCAAACUUAAUCCUGUGACAUAAUUUGAACAAGUUAGAGUCUAAGAAUCUAUAUGCCAGCUUCCAAUACAUGCCUUCUGAUUCCUCUAUGUUUUCCGGUUGCUACAUGUGGUUAGAGCUUAGAGUAGGACUUGCGUCUUACAGGUCAGGUAAAUCAUGCUUGUUUCUUUGUUAACUUGGUAGUCGAUAAACAACGAGCGCCCGAUAGGUAUGGCUUUGAAGCUCUUAUCUGGUUCAACAUCUUAACAUUAGGUUGUAAAACAGGUUGUUAAUCAUUUGUAUAUGUAUUAUAACCUGGUUGUUUAUCUGUUUAUGCGAUCUUUUUCAUCUUGAGUUUCAAAUGUAUCAAACUGAUGCAGCUUAAUGAUACAGAAUGGGAAUACGAAAACUCUUCUGGCUAUUAUUGCAAUCAAAGCAAUGGUUUAUUCUAUGAUCCGAAGUCAGGCUUCUACUAUUCCGAUGCUAUAGGGAAGUGGGUGACACAGGAAGAGGCAUACUCCAGAGCUCAGGUUUCGUCUGAUUCCAAAUCAAAAGCUUCUAUUAUGAAAAAGCCAAUAUCAACUUCAGGGGCAGCACCUGUUGCAAAAAGUAAAACUGCUGCCAAAAGUCAAAGUGCAGUGCCGCCCGGUCCUGUGGUUUCAGAUUCUUUAAAUCCAAAGAGAAAUGUUAGAGGUGCUCCAUCAUCGCUAACUGUUGGCAAGAGAAAAAGGGAAGAUGGGAAACCAAAGGCUCUAUCCAAAGAAGAAGAAGCUGCUCUCAAAGCAAGAGAAGCUGCAAGGAAGAGAGUUGAAGAGAGAGAGAAACCUCUGCUUGGCCUUUAUAAUGCAUCUCGCUGAUUGGGAACUGCUCAAUCUGGCAUUUCCUUGUGCGUCAGCAUGCAGUUUAACUCAUUUAUGUGUCACUUGGUUGGAUUUAAAGAUGAUUUAAUCAGAUUGAACACAUAACUGAAAUGGGCUUUGGAAGUUUGGAAUCUUCAUUUCCCUGAGUUUACAAUCAUGCU